AUGACGUUGGCUGCGGGGCCGAGAUUUUCGCGUCAAGCCACAAACGCGUAUGCAUCUAGACCUAUUGAUGUCACCGACUUCUCCUGGUUCACGCCCAAAUCCCCAUUCUGGCAUGCUUUCGCGCCCAAACUCCACGCCGCGAAACCAAAAUGCGCGCCCCCGAAACUGUCCCACAAAGCGGUCACAGGCCUCGCUGUCGCUGGCAGCGUUUACCACCCUACCAACCUGCUAGAAAUGAGUGACGAAGACGUAUUAUCCAUGAAAAGAUCCCACGCCCUCUUCCUCGACAUGCUCGACUACGAUACCUCGCACCUCUCCUUCACCCCCGGCACCCAAGGCAUCGUCACCACAGCCGGCGGCGCCUACUUCCCUGUCCUCCUCACCAGCCUCCUCCUGUUGCGGCAAACGGGCUCCGCGCUCCCCGUCGAAAUCUUUAUCCUCGACGACUCCGAAUACGAAUCCCUAGUCUGCGAAUCCGUAUUCCCGCAACUGGGCGCUACAUGCAUCCUCCUCUCCCCGUUCCUCGCUAGCUCAAACUACAAAUUCGUGGUGGAAGGAUACCAGAUCAAGAUCCUCUCUAUCCUAUUCUCGAGCUUCGAACACGUCCUCUUCCUCGACGCAGAUAAUUUCCCCGUCUCUGACCCUGAACCGCUUUUCUCUUCCUCGGCUUACACAUCCGCUGGCUUGGUCCUCUGGAAAGAUUUCUGGAAACCGACGUUCUCGCCGCAUUUUGUCAAUAUCACAUCCACUGAGCCUUCACUGGAGAAUACCAUCGAAGCAGGGCAGAUAUUGGUUAGCCGCAGAGAGAGAGCCAGGACCCUGAUGUUGGCCGCGUAUUAUAAUAUCUGGGGAGAGUGGUAUUUUGAUUUGAUAACCCAAGGUGGUCCGGGUGAAGGCGAUAAAGAUACAUUUUUACCGGCCGCGAGGGCGGUGGGCGAGGAGGUUUAUGUUGUGGGACGGGGGCCGGAGUAUCUGGGUGCGAGGGGGAAUGGAGCGGCGGUGCUGCAGUUCGAUGCGGUGGGGGAUUGGGCUUGUGCUAAGGAGAGGGUCGCACCGUUGUUUAUUCAUGCGUCCUGGCCGCCGAAGUUGAAUGCGUUGCAUAACGUUAGGAGUGAGAGGCAGUGGGGGAGCGAAGAGCAUGCGUUGAGUCUUUUUGGGGCGGAUAUGGAGAAGGUGGCUUGGGGGUUUAUGAUUGAGAUGGCUUGUGAGGGAGAGUUCUGGGAUUGGGGCGAGGGCAACAAAACGAGUACAGGUGUGUGCGAGCAGACGAGGGGUUGUUUCAGGAAUAUGUUUGGGCAGGAGUAUAUUUUUAAGGCGGGAGUGAGGAAUGAAAGUUUUGAAAGUUAA